UGUAUUUGGGUUUGCUAAUAGUCAUGUCACGAUUCAAAACACUUCGAAGAUAUUUAUUAUAGAAACGCAAUAUGAAUAUAUUUCAAGUAUGACGUUUUAGACUUGUAUUAUGGACGGCGAGAGUGAUGGUGAUGAAUUCUACGAUGCUUCAGAAUUUCCAACAAUUCAAACUCCUGAGAAAGACGACACAAGAUCUGGUGAUCACAGCUCGCCCAUUACCAGACAAGAAAUUGAACCAUCUGUAGGGAAAGAUUUCGCUUUGAAGGAUGAACCAGAUGGAGCUGCUUCAAAUUGUGUAGAUGAACAACAACAGGAUUUAGACACUGAAGCUGUUAAUGUGCUUCAAGCUUCUUCUAUUCCCACCAAGCAAAAUGAAGAUAAAUGUGGGAUUGAAAGUAGCCAAAGUGAAAUAAAGGAGGAAAAUAAAACCUCUGAAGUAAAAACUCAAGAUAAUAAUAAAGAAAAGGAAGUUGACAAGAAUAAUUCAGAGAGAAACUUAACCCAAGCUCCCAUAGCCCCACCACGAAGGAAGAAGAAAAAUAAAAACAAAACAGAAAAAUCUCUGACUUCACCAAGCAACGAGAACUUCAAAUCCUAUAUCAACCCGGAAAAAACGGAACAAGCUGAUAUUAAACAUUUAGAAGUCAUAGAAAAUGUACAAAAUCCAAUUUCGGUCGAUGAUGAAUCAAUCACAGAUCUCCCAAAUGUCGAAGAAACGGUCGAUUCUGAUCUGGACAUUAGUACCCAAGAAAUGAGUGAAAUAUUGGAUAGAAAUAGCUGCACCGAAGUUAUAUCACCGCUUCAUUUACAACGAAAUAAGUCUCAGUCCAUAUCCUCCAUUGGAAGUUUCUGUAGUGUUUCCAGUAAUAUCUCAUUUCAAGAAAAGUCGAAGCGUUCUGGUUCCCAGAUUUCACUGGGAAGUUUAAAUAACACUGAAAAAGUUCCGGCUGCUGCUACAGCAAUCACGGUUGAUUCACAACUGACGGAUCAGGAAAUACUUGAAGCAGUUGUGGUGAGAAAUUUGGAUACCGGUGAAACAAUGCCGUUGAGUGCAGCAGAAAAGAAUCUUCCAUCCGGAGUCAACCCUCUUGCAUUACAUAUCAUGAGAUUAACCACGGAGUUUUCCAGUAAACAAGAUUUGGCUGGUUCAGAUCGCGAGGACGCUGGUGAAAGCAAUAUAAAUGUAACGACCAGAAAGAUAUUAAGAAAAAAAAAAAACCUGAGAGGAUUAUUUGUAAGAAAAGUCAAAAACAAAGAUCAGAAAAUGAAAGGAGCGAAAGAAGGAUUGAAACGAGCUGAAGAGAGUUCGUCCAGUGACGAGGACAAUCCACAGUCAGAAAAGUAUAUCAAAGUUAAAUCGGCCAAUGGCAAGGGUGUUCCCAUCAUCAAUAAACUAAAUAUAAUCCAAGACUUCAGCGGCAAACACCAGGGUGCUGUGUGGACGAUGAAAUUUUCUUCGUGUGGUAAAUUACUGGGAACUGCUGGUCAAGAUAAAAUUGUUCAUGUUUGGGUGCUGAAAACAGGAAAGGAUUUUUUCGAACAGAUGCGAAACAAGUACGCUAAAGCAGAUUCAGAACGAGCAACUCCUGAAAAAACAGAAAGUGAAGAACAAGAGAAGAGUGCGAAAGAUUACCCACUAGAGACCGAUUAUCCUGAAGGAUUUUGUAAAGAACCAUUUUGUACAUAUGAAGGUCAUAGUGGUGAUGUAUUGGAUCUUUCGUGGUCAAAGAAUUACUUUCUUUUAUCGUCAUCAAUGGAUAAAACGGUCAGGCUGUGGCAUAUAUCUCGAAAUGAAUGUUUGUGCUGUUUCCAACAUAUCGAUUUUGUAACAGCAAUCACCUUUCAUCCACGAGAUGAUCGUUAUUUUCUGAGUGGAUCAUUGGAUGGUAAGAUACGACUGUGGAACAUCCCUGACAAAAAAGUUGCUCUGUGGAAUGAACUGGAAGGGGCAGGAAGUAAUUUGAUCACAGCUGCAAACUUCUGUAUGAACGGAAAAUUUGCGGUAAUUGGGACGUACGAUGGACGGUGCAUAUUUUAUGAGACGGAGCAUCUCAAGUAUUACACACAAUGGCAAAUUCGGUCAACAAGAAAAAAACAAGGAAGAAAAAUCAGUGGCAUUGAACCAAUGCCUGGAGAAGAUAAGAUAUUAAUCACAUCAAAUGAUUCUCGGAUACGUCUGUAUAGUUUGAAAGAUCAUUCCUUACAUUGCAAGUAUAGAGGUUUCACAAAUUCGAGUAGUCAAAUCAAAGGGAGUUUUAGUCACGAUGGGGAGUUGGUUGUAUCAGGCUCGGAAGAUCAUUAUGUUUAUAUGUGGAGAGCCCAGCACCGAAUUGCUUCUGCCAGGAAAGACAGAAAUGAUUUCUAUGAAGGAUUUUCUGCUCACAAUGCUGUGGUGACAGCCGCAAUCUUUGCACCAUGUCCAUGGAAUGUGGUCCCUACUGAGUACGAUGACAACAGUUCUGGAAGGACUGGACCAGAAGUUAUCGUAGCUGCUGAUUGGACAGGAGCUAUUAAAAUCUUUAUAAAUAGAUAUUCUAAUGAGAAAACCUAAAAUAACUCUUCAUAGGAUCAUUUUAAACAUUCAUUAUCAUCAUUCUCUAUCGUCAGACAAACUUUUGUGUAAAUGUCUUUUGUUUAUGAUCGGCGACGUGCAUGUUUGUGUCGUAAACGAGAAGAAGAUUCAGAGUACUUUCCACACUAAGGAACACCUUAAAAAUUACAAGAAGC